GACUUUCAUGACGCGGAAUGGCCGCCGGGAACGAUGCAGCUCGCCCAGCUGCUUGGAUCAGACAAGAAAGAUGGAGAAAUCAUUCUCCAGCCACGUCCUACUUCUGACCCAAAUGACCCUUUGAACUGGCCAAAGGGACAAAAAGUACUGAAUUUCUUCCUGGCCUCCUUCUACGCCAUGAUGGUCUUCGCAUUUAUCAACGCGACAUCGCCGACAUGGGGUCCGAUGGGCGACGAACUGCACUUUAGUAGUGCCACGUUGACCAACACAUAUGCCAUUGGAUGCGCCACCCUCGCGCUUGGUGCCCCGAUGUUGAUCCCCUUUGCCCUCAAGUACGGAUCGCGGUCGGUGUAUAUCAUCAGUAGUGCAGGUCAAUUCGCCAUUUCAAUCUGGGCUGCCCGCACGCAAACCGCUGGAGAUUGGUGGGGGGUCAACGCAUUGCAGUGUUGGCUCGGUGCACUAGCGGAGGUUCUGAUCCAGAUGACUAUAGCAGAUGUCUACUUUGUACACCAGCGAGGGACGAUGAAUUCUAUCUACAUCUGGGUGGCGAACGUUGGGAGUAAUCUGGCAGUCGUCGCUGCUGGAUAUGUUACAACCAACAUGGGAUGGCGUUGGGUUUGGUGGUGGUUUGUGAUCUUCUUUGGUAUUCAGCUACCAAUGUUUAUCUUUGGGUUCGAGGAGACAAAAUUCACUCUGCAAAACGCAACGCUGCAUGGCCGGCGAGGCAGCGUCAAUUCAGAGCAAGCAGCCUCAGAGCAUCAUCAGAAGGUGGGGGAGAGUGAGUACCAGAAAAAGUCAAUUACAACAACCGCGCAAGGUGAUGACUCGGUGUCGGACACGAUGCGCAACCCGAGCGUAAUCCAUAUCGACCCGAGAAUCCCUCGCAAGACAUACUGGCAGAAAUUGGAACUCACUACGACAUCGCCGGGCAAGUGGACCAACUUCCUCAGGCACUCAUGGCAGCCGUUCCUGAUUCUGUGGUCCAUACCAGGAGUGCUUUUCUGUUCACUGGUCUAUGCUAUUCUGCUGGCAUAUUCCACUGUCAUGACUACCGUAUUGAGCACAUAUAUGCUGGAUCCGCCCUACAACUUCAACUCCUCUCAGAUUGGGUUGAUGAGUCUCGCUCCUUUCGUCGGAUCCACCCUGGGCUCACUGAUCUCCGGUCCAUUGUCGGACUGGGUGGUAGUCCGACUGGCCAAGCGCAACAGCGGCAUCUACGAACCCGAAAUGCGAUUCUGGGUCUUCAUUCCCUUCGUCCCCUUCCAAAUCGCAGGAGCAUGGUGGUUCGGCUACGCAUUAAACGACGGAUCCUCCUGGUCGCAAGUCGCAGUCGCCUUUGGACUGUGCAAUUUCGGCUCCGCUCCUUUGCAAUCUCUCGCGCUGACAUAUAUGCUCGACGCAUACAACGACAUCAUCGGCGACGCGCUCACGGCGCUCACGUUUGUGCGAAACCUGUUCAGCACCAUCUUCGUCUUUGCCAUGCCCGCGUGGAUCGCUGGCGUCGGAAUGGCGAAUGUCUUCAACACGAUUGGCGCGAUUGGCGUGUGUAUCUUGUCUUUUGCGGCGCUGUUUAUCUGGAAAGGGAAAUUAUUCCGCAUCAAAACUGCAAAGGCGUAUAGAUAUUACGCUGCUCGCCAGUUUGAAGCGAGAUCGAUUUGAAGUAUGUAAUGGUAGUGUGUAGAAAUCUUAAUUCGUAUUGUUGCAUACAAUUUUGGGG